AUGAUUGUGAAGGUGUUGAUGUUCAUGUUGAUGUUUCUUCAAUCGGUGGAUUCGUGUCGUGCAAGAUGUCGAAACAGAACCCAAUGUGAACCAGGAUGGAGCUACGUUUCAAGAGAAACUGGUGGAUGGUGCUUAUUAUUUCUUGGCGUUCUUGAAAUGAACAAAGCAUCGGCAGAAGAAGAAUGUUCCUCUUUUGGAGCAGUUCCAUCAUCAAUCGAUAAUGAAGAAAUGAAACAAUCAUUCAUGAGCACAUUAUCUUACUGGAAUCUAGACGGAAUGUGGAUUGGCGCCUCUCUAAAACCCUCCUGUAAUUGUGGAAGUGAUUCAUGUAAAUUGACUGCAGGAUGUGGAUCACAAGGAUAUAUUUGGACCGAUAAUUAUACUACGUCUCCCAAUGAUUUGCUUGAUUCUGUACAGGGAAUCGAGACUACUGUAGAAUCGGGUGUCACCUAUGUAACACCCUACGAUUCAGCAUAUCUUGCGAGAGAUGGAAGUGAGUUAGAACAACAUGGUGAAACGUGGAUUUGUGUGUUUUUUUUUUUAGCAAUUCGUGCCAUCUGGAGUUCCAGCACAUUGUAUGGUGUUAUGUGUGGGAAACGAGCGACUUAA